AUUGAAAUUUCUGAGACGACCCGUCCCGAAAAAUUUGAGAGCAUGGAUGGUUCUGUGAAGUGUAUUGUUAAUUCAUUCGACAUUAAUAAGGUAUCGCAACAUUUAGCUCAGCUGUGUGAUACAGCCAUAGGCGCAAAAGAUCGAGCUUCGAAGGCUAAUCAAGAAGAAAUUAUGUGCUGGUCUCUUUAUGGUAGGGAUUUUGAAUUUCAAGUUGAUGAGAUGAGUAAGAGCCAAAUCUCUAAUUCUCCUUCGCUUGAAAUUACACCUGAAGUAACUUCUGAAGAUAAUAUAAUUGAAAUUUCCGGGACGGCCCGUCUCGAAAAGGUUUUAUUGGAAACCGAGAUAAAUGCAUCUACUGAAGAAACCAAGUCUCGAGUUUCUGAUUCAUCUAUUUCUGCUAAUUCAGAAACUGAG